AUGCUGAAGGUCGCAGCCGUUGUUUUCAUUGUGUUGAUUGCUGGUGCCGAGGCAGAAACUCCGGAAAAUAAUCAGCUACUUAGCCAACUGGCUGACAUGGAAGAAGCUCUAACUAUGGCGAAGAUUCAGAUUACAGAUCUGCAGAAAUCUUUGGCCGGCUUAAAGUCUGUACUAAAUCCGACUUUUGAGAAAAUCGGUUCCCGAUACUUUUUGUUUGAACACUUUAAUAACCGGAACUGGACGGAGGCCAAAAAGAUGUGUCGCUAUAAAGGAGCCCAUCUAGCAGCCAUAAAAGACACAUAUGAAUUAUAUGAAAUUAGUGGUAGACUCUUUAGUGAUACUCCCUACUGGCUGGGCCUGAAUAAACUCGACAACCAAAGUCUCUUCACUUCGGUGGCCUCCGGAAAGCCAACUUCCAUAGGGAUAACAAUAGGUUUUACCAAUCACAAGGAGUGCAUUUCCUUGAAAAGGGGUUACAUGGAGGAGCAAAAUUGUGACAAUAAGUUUAGUUUUAUUUGCCAGAAAGAUGACGAAAUUUAA